CAUGACGUGUCGGUGCUCUGACAGACGUCAUCCGCAGGAGGAGCUGUUGAGCUAAGAUGCUAACAUUAGCAUCCCUGUAAUAUGUACAUGAGAUAAAUACACUGCCUGGCCAAAAUAAAAGUCACCCCCUGGAUUUAGCUAAGCAGAUAGGUAAGAGCCUUCCCGUGGAUGACUACUGCAUGAGAACCGAGGUAUUUAAUGAGCUUCUCAUUUCUGAAACAUGUCCAAAGACGUCUGCUGUGGUCGGGGAAAAGACGUGAAUCAGUUUCAGAAGGGUCAAAUUAUUGGACUGCAUCAGGCAGAAAAAACAUCUAAGGAGAUUUCUGAAAGCACAAAAUCGGGUUAAGAACCGUCCAACGCAUUAUUAAAAGCUGGAAGGAGAGUGGAGAAUCUUCAUCCUCCAGGAAUAAAUGUGGUCGGAACAAAAUCCUGAAUGAUCGGGACCGAAGAUCCCUGAAACGUUUGGUGAAAUCAAACCGUAAAAAAACAACAGGACAGCUCAGGGAGAUGUUCAAUAGUGAAAUUAAGAGCAUCUCAUCACGGACAAUGAGAAGGGAGCUCAAAGGAUUGGGACUAAACAGCUGUGUAGCUGUAAGAAAACCACAGAUCAGUGAAGCUAAUCAGAAAAAACAGUCCAGACCUCAGCCCCACUCAGAACCUGUGGGAUGUUCUGAUCAGUGAGGAGGAUCAGGACAAAAAGGCUUCAGAUUGAUGGUUCUCUAACUGUUCGUUGUCUCAUCAGUCAUUGUUGACACACACUACCUGUUCAAAGAGAGGUCAGAGCCUUCCAUUAGAUAAUUACUGCAGUGAUGACAUCUUAUUUAACCCUAGCUGAUUCUCAUUUCUUUAACAACCAUGAUGGAAGACAUACCCUUUAGUCAUGGAAAGAUGUUAAUCUGUCUCAGAAGGGUCAAAUUAUUGGCCUGCAUCAAGCAAAGAAAACAACUAAGGAGAUGAAACGACUAAAAUCAGGUUAAGAAUCGUCCAACGCAUUAUUAAAACCUGAAGGACAGUGGAGAACCUUCAUCUUCCAGGAACAAACGCUUAGAUGAUUGUAGGAAACUAACAGUAGAAUGAAGAAUGAGCAAAGAAUGAGGUCAGCUGACUACCUGAAGAUACUGAAGGACCAGGUCUUCUCAUCAGUGGAGUUCUUCGUCCCAGAUGAUGAUGCCAGGAUUCAUGGGCUCACGUUAAGAAUGCGUGGAUCAGGGAGCAUGAGAUGGAUUGUCCUCCACAGAGUUCAGACCUCAGCCCCACUGAGAACCUUUGAGAUGUUCUGGAGAAGACUUUGGUCUGACUCUCGUAUCAUCAAUAGAAGAUCUUGGUGAAAAAUUAAUCCAACUCUGGACAGAAAUAAAUCCUGUUAAAAGCUUAUGGAAAUGAUGCCACCGUGAAUGAGUGCUGUAAUCAAAGCUAAAGGUGGUCCAAAGAAAUAUCAGAGUGACUUUUUAUUUGGCUGGGCAGUGUUUUGUUGCCAUGACAACCUGCAGAAAUAAAGCGAACACUGAUGGCAUCAAUGGAAACACUCUGGAACGGGAGCUCGACUUCGUACCGGAGGACCGACACAGUGCACCGACGCCAACGGUUGGGGUCUCCCUCAGCACACCUGAGCAGACACCAGGUCGGCCUCUGAAGAACCGCCUCCCUCUCUGCUGUGUGUCUUCAAGGUGGAGCAGAUUCAAAUCCUGGAGGAACUGGAGAUCAACCACCAGGUCAAAGAGGAGCAGGAGGAUCGGUGCGUCUGGAUCAGUCCAGAUGUUGAGGCUGAAGUCAAGCAUCUUAAAUCAGAGCUGAGGACCAGACCUGACUGUUUAAACAGCAGUGACGGUUCUUUAGUCUUUGUAGAACUGGAACAGCCUCAGAGGAGAGAAAAGUCUCACCAUGUUUGGGGUAAAAAUUUUAAAAGAGACUCAUUUUUGGUAAAAGCCACAGAGGACAUAGAGCCACGAAGAGUUCGAGCAAAGCUUCCAGUUAAUUCUGCAUGUAAGAAACCUCACAGGUGCCAAAACGUUUCUUCAGAACUCUAGUCGUCCUGCUCACAUGAGAGUCCACGCAGGGGAGAAACUUAUUUUUGUGCAACGUGUGGCAAAAGUUUCACUCCAAACAACCAUUUUAAAUUCUGUAAAAUGUACAGUGAAGGCAGAGUGACGCUGGAAGAGCAAGAGAACUCUGAUCACAAAGAGGAAAAGGCCAUGUUGGACACUCUCUCUUGGUCCCCCAGGGCAGCAGGGGGCGCUGCAGACCUGCCCGUUUUACAAGUUACUACUGGCGCAGUGUGUGCACAGUCUGUGUUGACAACGGCUGCGUGUCUGAUCCAUCCACGAGUGGUUUUCUGCCCCCGGAGGUCCCAGGCUGCAGCUCUCUGGUUCUGGGAGAUGGGGAGGUCUCAGAUGCUCAGGCAGCUCGUCACGGAGCGGCUCUGCUCGGCUGCGGAGGAGAUCUGUAGUCUGCUGGAGCAAACAGCGGAGGAGCACCAGGCUGAGGGGGUCCAGUACAGGACGCAGAUCAUCCAGGAGGUCCAGGAGGUCCAGGAGCUCAGUGUCUCCAAGCCGCGUGUGGUCAUUUUACCACCAGACCCUCAGCUGGUCGUUCAGAAGGUCUUGCCUCUACAGAAGACUGAGCAGACUGAGCUGCAAAAUGAGACUCCUGUUCUUCUUCCCAUCGAAGAGGAACCAAAGACUCAGAAGACUCAGCAGACUCAAACUGCUUCUGAUUUUAAAGUUCCUCCGGAGGUCCCGGGCUGCCGCUCUCCGGGGUUCUGGGAGAUGGGGAGGUCUCAGAUGCUCAGGAAGCUCGUCACGGAGCGGCUCUGCUCGGCUGCAGAGGAGAUCUGUGGUCUGCUGGAGCAAACAGUGGAGGAGCACCAGGCUGAGGGGGUCCAGUACAGGAGACAGAUCAUCCAGCUGAGACAACAGGUCCAGGAGCUCAGUGUCUCCAACCCGCGUGUGGUCAUUUUACCACCAGACGACGUUAAAGUCCCGCUUCGUCGAUCAAAAAGUCAGGAAACUGUCAGGCGUCGACGAACCCAGCAUGGCCGUAAUUCUUGCCGUCUGUGUGGGGAGAAGUUCACCAGCUCCAGUGAUCUGUGCUGCCACAUGCGACUCCUACACAAGGGACAGAAAGCCUUCAAAUGCUCCCACUGCAACAGCCAGUUUUCUCGUUUGGAUUACCUGACCCUGCACUCCAAGAGCCACAAGAGAGGAAAAGAACUCCACAAGUGUUCGUUCUGUGAAAAAUGUUUCAGUCAGAACACUAACCUCACCGUCCACCUGAAGACGCACAAGCAGAGAAAGCCGUUUUUUUGCAGGGUUUGUGACAAAAAGAUUGCUUUUCAACUUCAUUUCAAGAGCUACGGCCACUCCUCCAAGGACAAAAUGUUUUGCUGUUUGCUUUGCGACGAGAAGUUUGACACGAGGCAGGACCUGAGACGCCACAAGGACGUCCACGAGAACGGCGAAUCGUCCGCUGAUGUGUAGCGUUUCACCGUAUCAGCUGCUGUUUGACUGCUGUGGUCCCAUCUGUGUUUGUUAUUCAAUGUUUUAAUCACUGAAUGUGAAGUAAAUCGAGCGUGUUUGUAGGGAUUUUCCUAAUUGUAGCUGUAAUUACUGUAAGAAUGACUGACUGUUGAUGAGGAGAAUUCUAAAUGCUAAAAGUUGUUUUUUUUUACGUUCACUGUGAUCUCAUGUUUCUGAUUGCACCAACUGACCUUUCUCAGCUCACGUUUUGUUUUACUUCAUACAUCUCAGCCGCAAACACAGAUUAACCUGCCAAUGACUGAGCUGUUUGAUAUCCUUUAAAUAAUUAAGAAAGAAGUUUCUCUCUAAGCUUUUUUGCGCUGGUUCUUUAAGUCUCUUCCAGACAUUUUGCAGCUGUGUUCUUUGUUGUUUAUUUGCUUUAGUGUCAAACUCAUCUUAGUUCAGGUUCAGACAAAAAAACAUCAUAUACAAGUUGAAGUUUCUUAAGAAAAAUAAAUUCAGUUUCAGCAACA